AUGGUUGCUGCCAGCCUGAAAUUGUUGAGUGAAAUGAAGUCCGCUUCUAUACCAUCUAAUGAACAUGCUUCUACAACCAGGUCUAAUGCUAAUUCUUCAUCUGUGAGAGCGAAAUGUGAUCCUACAUGGGAUCAUGUAACUGAAGAGGAUCAAGAAGCAUCUAAUUAUUCGUCAUUAGAAGACUCACCAGAAUUUGAAGAUGUCCAAGAAAUUACUCCUAGAAGUAGGGGGUUUGGAAGGGGACAAAGAAGUGGUCCUAGUAGUUUUCCACCAAGAUCCAAUCUUGGCAAGAGAAAGGUUGGUGACAUUGGUAAUUACUUCGCUCCUAGAACAACCUCGGGGGCUCAACCUUCUAUUAAAAGUGUGUUUGCUGGCAAAGAAAAGAAAUGGUGGAUUGAUAUGGCUAUAGCAAGAUGGAUGUAUGAUGCUUGCAUUCCAAUUAAUGUUGUGAAUUCUAGUUAUUCUCAACCAAUGUUCAAUGCCGUAACUUCUUAUGGUAUUGAAUAUAGAGGCCCAAAUUAUUAUGCCCUUCGAGUGCCUUUGUUGAGAGAUGCAAAAAGAGAAGUCCAAUUGAUUGUUGAUUCUCAUCGUUCAUAUUGGGCUGAUACUGGUUGUACAAUAAUGGUUGAUGGUUGGACUGAUACUAGGUAUAGAACAUUGAUUAAUUUCCUUGUCUAUUGUCCUAAAAGAAUUACUUUUAUACGCUCUGUUGAUGCUUUUAACUUGGUUAAGGAUGCUAUUAAUUUGAGUAACUUGUUUGAUGAAAUUGUUAAUUGGGUUGGUCUUGCAAAUAUAGUACAUUUGGUCACUGACAAUACUGCAAAUUAUGUAGUUGCUAGAAGAAUUUUGUGUGGAAAAUAUAGGGACAUUAGUUGGUCACCUUGUGCAGCACAUUGCCUAAACCUAAUUUUUAAGGAGAUUGGGAAGAUGGAUUAUGUGGCUAAACUUGCAAAGUGUGCAUCCAAGAUCACAGUGUUCAUCUAUAAUGAUGUGGCUUUGCAAGCUUGGUUGAGGACUAGAAAAAAUUGGAUGGAAAUUGUGCGUUUAGGGCCAACUAGGUUUGCUACUACUUUCCUUGCCUUAGGGAGUCUUAAGGAAUAUAAGCAUGACUUACAAGCAUUGGUGACUAGCAAAUUUUAUGUUGAUUUAAGAUAUGCAAAAGAUAAGAAAGCAAAGGCAGUGGUGAAAAUCAUUCUUGACAAUCAAUUUUGGAAUGAUUGUCAUGACAAGAAGAGACUAUGGGAGCCUUAUGUUAAUAUUAUCAAGGAUCGUUGGAAUAAUAAAUUCUAUAGAGAUAUUCAUGCCGUUGCUUAUUGGUUGAAUCAUGCAUUCCAAUAUGACUCAUCCACUCUUAAAAAGAGGCUAGAGACACAAUCUGCUGUGACACAUGUUAUUGAAUUAAAAGUUUCAGUUGGUCGAUUAAAGUUUGUGGAGGAAUUAAGGCUAUUUCGAGAGCGUGAACAAACAUUUGGAACCCAACUUGCUCAAGAAUCAGCCAAGACAUCUCAGCUGGAUGAGUGGUGGAGGUUGUUUGGAUCUUGUGCUCCAACCUUACAAAAGUUUGCAAUUCGAAUCCUUAACCAAACAGCUGCCUCUUCGGGAUUGGAAGAUGAGGAAUCUCCAUUUCUGGAUCAUGAGGAGAUAGAGAAUGCAUUUUAUGAAAAGGGAGCUUACCCAAUCGAAGAAUGGUCUUCUAGCCAUGUACAAAGAGUGAUUGAGGAUGAUGAUGACAUCAAUUUGGAAUCAUUUGAUGAUGAAGAUGAUGCUCCUCCCAGAUUUAGAGAUAAAAAUCAUCCUAUUCAUGUAGAAGAUGAAAAAUAUGAGGAUGAGGAUGAUGAUAAUGAUGCUAGUGGUGGAGCAUUUGGUUCACAUGAUGAUAUUGAUUUCAAUUUUCUUCAUAACAAAUGA